GAUUUACUCCUAAAUAGAUAGAAUUUUAAAACGAUACAAUCUGGUCUUCCCUCUCUCUCCUCCCUCGCCGCCGACAUCGCAACGGUUCGCCGGCGCCGUUAUCUUCCAUAACCAUACAACAAUCACUCCGUUAAGCUACAUGCUCUGCUUCUCCGUUUAUUAACCAACGAUCAAUUGCCUUGUACAGAUUUUUGUUCAUUCAUAUCAGUUAUUCGAUUCAUCAACUGUAGGAAUUCAAGAUGAUUGGAUCUUUUCUCACUAGAGGGCUUGUGAUGGUCUUUGGUUAUGCCUAUCCUGCUUAUGAGUGCUUUAAAACUGUGGAAAUGAAUAAACCUAAUAUUCAGGAACUUCGCUUUUGGUGCCAGUAUUGGAUCUUAGUUGCUGUAUUGACAGUUUGUGAAAGGUUUGGUGAUGCUUUUGUUUCAUGGGUUCCAAUGUACAGCGAAGCUAAGUUGGCAUUCUUCAUAUACUUGUGGUGCCCCAAAACUAAGGGAACAACAUAUGUCUAUGAUUCCUUCUUUAGACCGGUAGUGUUAAGGCAUGAGACUGAUAUUGAUCGUAGUUUGUUGGAAUUGAGGACAAGAGUAGGAGAUAUGGCAUUGCUAUACUGGCAGAAUGCUGCUAGCUAUGCGCAGACUAGGAUUUUUGAUAUAUUGCAAUAUAUUGCUUCUCAGUCAACUCCUCGCCCAACUCAGCCACAGAGGCAAAGCAGUAGAGGCCGCCAGCGUACAGUAACACCACCAAAACAUAGAUCAGCUGCCCCAACAACACGGGUACAGACUGAAGAACAACCAUCUCCUGCUUCUACUGAAUCUUCAAGUGAAAAUGAAGCAGACGCAAUAGAAGUGCUGAAGCCCUCACAACCGCCUCCAGUAGCUGCCCCUGCUGCUGGUGCUGCCGCCUUAAAUGCACAAAAAGCAACUCCAACUGAAGCCUUCGUUCAAACUACCAAAGCUUCGAGUUCAAGUGAAACUCAAGUGGUGCAGAUUGAUCAAGUGCCUUCCUUAGACAAUCAAGGCGCAUCUCCUGUUGAGAUAGUGAUGGAGGAAGCAGUUCGAAUAACACGUGCCAGAUCAAGGAAGACACAGCUUGCACCCAAUCCUUAACUUGUGGCAUCCGGUCCUUACACAUUACGAGGGGGGUCAAGUGGAGAGGGGCCACCGGACGCAAUUACCAUUCAUGAUGAACUAUCCAAAAUCCAAAUUUAAGUGCUUCUGUUAGGUGCUUAGUGAUUAGAGAUGUUAAAUUCAUACUUCCGUUUUCUUGGGAAACUUCUAGUUUGCUGCUCCUGCUCUGACAAUCAUGAGCUGAUGGAACUUUCAGCUUCUUAAAGAGUUACUGUAAAUUCAGAUAAAUUUUACGCUGUCUUGGGACGCGAUUUUAACUACUCAAUUGGGUCACUGAAUUAUGAAUCCGAUUGCUGCAUCUUAGAGAGUUA